AUGAAUUUUGACCUGAAGAACCCACAACAGGCAAUGCCCGCUGGCUACAAACCUUCUCCACUAGGGCCUCAUGGCUCUCCUCGCAGUUCUCCAUUCAGACGACCAGAAUCUCCAGCAUCGCCAUCAGCAGUCCGACAGACCUCAACGACCCAAGUGACACAAGUGACGCCUUUCGGGUCACCCACGAAGGCAUCCUACGCUACGAACAACGGGCGCUUCGGCAACCCAACCACCCCAACAGACACGGCCGAGAGCAAGACGCCGCGAGUACGAACACCCACAGCCGAAACCACCACCAUGGCCUCGCCACAGCCUCUGCGGCCCGGUUUAAAGAAGACAAUGAGCCAUGGGAACGCCAUAUCGCAUUUACAACCUGCGCAAGUCAGACAGCUUCGAGAGGGUUUCGAGGUCCUGGAUCGCGACAGCGAUGGCGUCAUCAAUAGGGAAGAUGUAGCCGACAUGCUGAAUCAGUUGGGUAAGAUUGGAAACCUCAACAUAUCAAUCGAGUUCCCUCGUUUAACAAAUUUUCCAGGCCUGCCGUCCAAACCCUCCGACGUGUCAAACUUCUUCCCGCCAUCAACACCUCAAACGAUGACAAUGGCUGCGUUCCUGAAUUCCCUUGCUACGAUGCUCGCCUCCCUAUCACCACAAUCCGAGUUGCUAUCUGCUUUCUCAGCGUUCGACGACGAUGACAGCGGACAGAUCGACCUCGCGGAGCUGCGGGAUGCGCUUCUGCACACCGCGCCAGAGCCCGGCGAGCGACCGCUUACAGAGACCGAGGUUGAAAAGGUCAUAGAGGGAUUCACCGGCAGACGAGCUUUCAACCGCAACAUGCAAGGCGGUUUAGGAAAUCGCCGUGAGGUGUUUAGAUACCAGGACUUUGUCAACUCCAUCAUGGGGAGCAAUACGACAUCCGAAGCUGCAUCGGCGGAGGGAUCUGAGGAUUGA